AUGAUGCUUUUUAAAAGACGAGAUAAUAACAAUGAAAAUAAUAAGGAUGAAACACAAAAAUGUAAUAACAAAAAUAAUGGAUAUAUAAAUGACGAAUCAGAGGCGAAAAUAAAUAAUGAAGAAAAAGAAUUUUAUUUAAAAAAAAAUGAAAAAAAUUCUUCAUAUAAUAAUAGAAGUUGCAGUGAAAAUGGUAAUAUAUAUAAUUCUGAUCAAAAUAAUUUAUUGACAAAAGUUGAAAAAAAUAAAAACCGAAAUUCCCCUGACCGCUAUGAAAGAAAAUAUCAUAGUAACUCUGGGACAGAUAAUGAAUUAUCUUUAAUACAAAAUAAGUUAAGAAAUAGAGAUAAAUCAAAUAAUUCUAGUGUAAAUAUUUAUAAAAAUAGAAAAAGAAAAAACUCAGCAUAUAGUAAUGAACAUAAUUAUAAUGAUUGGAAAAUGAGAAGAAAUCAAAUAAAUACAAAACACUAUGAAUAUAAAUAUGUUAAGGACAAUGAAGUGUGUAAAAGAAAAGGAGAAGAUACAUUGAUAAAUAAGGAUACUGAUGUAGCAAUUAUGAGAAAAUUGAGUAAUGAUAAAUAUGAUAAUAUUGAUAAUAGAUUUUUACAUAUACCAAAAAAUAAAUAUAUUCAAACAAAUAAUUAUAAUAAACAAUUUUUUGAAAAAAAAAAAUACAAUUAUUAUUAUCAAUACCAAAAUAAAACUUAUAAAAAUAAUUAUUAUCAAAAAGAAAGAAGUGAUUCAAAAUAUUUUUAUGAUUAUAAAAAUAAUAAUAAUAAUAAUUCUUAUUAUUAUAACACAGAAAAAACAAAAGAAAAAUAUUUUUAUCGUUCUUUAUCUCAGAAUGAACCAUAUAACGAUGAAGAUAAAUUUUCCAAUACUUACAAAAAUGAUAGAUAUCAUGAAUCGAAACCUCAAUAUAAAUUUGAUUCAAAAAAAAGGAAAAGAGAUAAAAGUGAAAGUGAAAACAGAAAUAGAAAAACAUAUCGAAAAAACGAACGAUCAAAAUCAUGUAAUUCUAACCAAAAUGAUAAUGAAUCUUAUAAAGAGAAUAAUCAUUAUAUUUGUGAUAAAGAAAAUGACAAAUUUAGCGAUAAAGGUUCGGUAUAUGAAAAAAAGGAAAAGUAUGAAACUCAAAAUGUAGAAAAUUAUGAAAAAAUAAACAAGGACAAGCAAAAAGAAAUAACUGGCCAAUAUUAUAAACAAGAAGAAUGUGAUGAUUCCACACAAAAUUAUAAAAAUAAAAAAAAUAGUGAUAAUUUUAAUGAUUCAGAAAAAGGAGAAACUAAUCACAAUAGCUAUAAUCAGGAUCAUAAUAAAAAAGAUAAUAAUUAUUAUAUGGAUAAAGAAUAUCAUUAUGGAAGAAAAUUGACACAUAAAGAUUAUAGCAUAUGUGAUGAAAACAUAUAUUUUGAAACUGAUAAGAAAUAUAAUAAUAAUGCUAGCGAUCAAGAUAGUUAUAGGGAAUAUGAUAAAGACGAGCAUGCAUAUUGUAGUGAUGAUUCAGAUACUACACAUGAAAAUAAAAAAAAUAUAGAAUAUGUUUAUAUCAAAAGUGAAGUAAAAAUUAAUUUAGAUAAUGAUGCAGAUUUAACAAAUUGGGUUGAUUUUGAUGAAAAUGAUAAAACUGAUGAAAAUGAUUGUAUUCAUAUAAAAUUUAGAAACUUUUUAUUGAGAAGCUAUGUUAAAUCAUAUAAAAUAUUCCAUCAUGAUGAAUACAAAGAUACUAAGUACAUAGCUGAUAAGGAUAUGGACAACGAAAAUAAAAGUGGAUAUAAUAAAAAACAUAGUGAUAUACAUAUUCCCUAUGAUUCAAAAAAAUAUAAUGAAAAGAAUAAUGAUGAUGAUGAAUAUACAAACUUAGGAUUAAGAGGCAUGGAAAAUAAAAAAAUAAAAACUGAAGAAAGUUAUAGGGGAGAAAAUAUACCUACUAAUAUAUCACAUAAUUAUAGAAACAUAGAAGGAAAUUAUAAAAAGGAUUCAUAUUAUACUGAAAGUGCUAUGCAAUAUGAAACAAAAAAAAAAAAUUAUGAGUAUGACGAUAAAAAUUACUAUAAAUGGGAUAAUAAAUAUGAAUAUGAAAAUGGUAGGAAAAAUUAUGAUGAUAAUGAAAAAGGAAACAAACGUGGUAGUAUCAAUGAAGAAGCCCGAUAUUAUUAUAUCAAUAGAUAUUCGAAUAAAGAAAAAUAUGAAAAUAAUAAAAUAAAUUAUAAAGAAAAUUACGAAAAUAAGGAUUAUUCUAAAUAUUAUAAUAACAAUAAUCGUUACACUAAUUAUAAUAAUUUUAUGCGAUGUGAUACUUCAAUAAACUCAGAAACCAAUACAAAGACAAAGAAAUAUAAUAGUAUAAAUAAUAAUGAAUCGGAUUAUACUUAUUAUAAUAAACAUGAUGAUUAUGAUAAAAAUAACAAAUAUUAUUCACAAAAAUAUGAAAGAAAUCGUGAUUAUAGAUAUUCCCAAAAUCAAUAUAAACAUUCCCCAAAUGAUGACAAUGACAUAAACAAAUGGAGAGGAAGAAAUUAUAAUACUAAAAAAAACAGUUUAGCCAACAAACAAAAUGGUGAUGAUAAUUAUUUUGAUUUAAAAAACGUACCACAACAAUAUGAUUCUAGUCAUAGUGGUAUACUAAAUGAAGACAGAGAUGAACAUUCUGAUUUGAAAAGUGUACCAGAUCAUAUAAUUAACAUAAUAAAUGAUAUGAACAGUUCAUACGAAAUAAAAGGGAGUGUUGAUUUAUUAAAUUUAAAUGGAGUAAAAUCGUUUAAAAUGCCUAAGGAUUUUAAUACAAUUAAUGAAAUUAAUAGUACUCACAAAUUCUUAGAAUUUUUAAGAAAAAAACAACAAGCAAAAAAAAAAUGGAAAAUGAUUGCAAAAAAUAUAUUGCAAGAAGAAUUUCAAAUUUUAUUUAAUUCAAUAAAUUACGAAGUUAACGAAGCGAAAAUUAAAUAUUUAAGCAACUCGCUCGCGACUAUGUAG